AUGGAAAAAAAAGUAAAUUGAAUUGUCAACUUUGACAGUGACGCAACUGGCGAUAUGCGCGGGAGGCUGAAUGUUUUGUUUUGGUGUAGAUGAACCAAUCUUUGUGUGUUUUAAUAUUUUUAUCAAAUUAGAAUGCCUAAAGUACUUAGUUUAAAAAAGACGCAGACACAGUCAACUAAUCAGAAACAGAAAUCUAUUACACAGUUUUUUAUAAAAAAUAAUUCCAUCCCCUUGUUACAAAAACCGUCCCAACCCGCACAAAGCUCUGGUGUAACCACAAAACGGAAGGCUACUUCGCCUGUUCAAGUAGACACCUCAGAAGUUUUGGCUGGUUCAUGCUGUAGUGGUACACCAAACAAUGUUUCAAUUAAAGAUAAACCAACUUCAGAACCAGUAUUCAAGAAAGCCAAGAUACAAACCUCACCUUUUAAAGUCAAUGGCCAGUUAUGUAAGAAACAGAAUAAUGAAAAUGAAAUUGAUAAUUAUACUAAGUCAAUAUCAGACAUAGAGAAAUCGGGAGGACAUGUAAAAAUAAGAUCACCGCUCAGUCCUAAGAAGUUACAAAAUGGAAAUUGUAUAUAUAAUUCUGUUAAUGAUGAAGUAAAUGGAAAUCAUGAUAGUGUUUUUACACCUAAGAAACAAAUAAUUGUAAGUGAGCAUUUCAGCCCCAGUGGUACAUCAAAGAGAAGUCCUUUGGAUGCACUUUGCCGGUCUCCCCACAUUAGGAAAUUACUAACACCAGAGAAGUUGAGCCAAGUAGAGCUAUCUCCAUCAAAGUCUGGGUCCACAGUAAAGUCGCUAGAGUUCUAUGAACAAGAUGUUGGGGAUAUGUUUGGUGAAGAAUGGGACAUGGGUGAUGUUGAUGUGGAUAUACAAGAGGACUUAGAUCUUACCAUGAUUCAGCGCUGUGAAGUUAUAUCUGUGCAACGUCAUGCUACCAGAUUGGAAUUAAGGUUGAAAAAUACCAAUAAUAACAGAGGCACCUGUUAUGUUGAAGGCAUAUGGAUCGACACCCCACUAUUUCCAGGGGAAAUAAUCAGCAUAAUGGCUACUCGAGAUUCUUCAAAUCAGUUUUAUAUAGGCAACUCCUCAGGUCUCCUAGUGUUGCGACCUGAUCACCUCAUAUCAAGCACGAGUGUUGUGGGCGGAGUGUUCUGUAGACGGAAAGCAAUCUUACAGGAACGGUGGAGGGGCAUAGACUCUGCCAACACAGCUAUGACAAUUGGUAUACUAAUCCAUGAACUGGUACAAAAAGCACUCACCCAACUAAUAAUGAAUGUAAAACAACUGACUGCUGAAGCAGAUUUGAUCAUCAAGGCGUCUCUGCAAAGGCUAUAUGAUGCGGGAUUAACCGAGGAGGAAGCGCGAAGUAAUAUACAGAUAUACAUUGGUCCUUUAUCUGAAUUUAUGGUGAAUUAUGUCAGUCCUACUCCUCCUACUGUUGUUCAAAAGCAAACAAAAGACAAAUGGAAUGGCCACAUAGAUAAAGUUUUAGAUAUAGAAGAAAACUUAUGCUGUCCUCAAUUGGGAUUGAAAGGGAAAAUUGACGCAACAUUGCAAGUCACGAUUCACGAUAGGAAAGGUCGAGAAAAGGCAAUAGUUCCUCUAGAGCUGAAAAGUGGAAAAGCGUCCGUGUCGGCGGAACAUCGCGGGCAACUGGUGCUGUACGGCAUGAUGCUGAGUGUGCAGGAGGCGCGGGACCCCACCACCGCGCUGCAGCGAGGGCUGCUGCUGUACCUCAAAGAACGCGUGGAACUACGUGAAGUAAGUUGCGGGCACCCAGAACGGCGCGACCUGAUAAUGUUGAGAAACCAACUUGUGCAACAUUUGGCUGCUUCGCCGCUAGAUGGCGACGUUGAGAAAAUAGCUGAUAUUGAAGAAGCAUCAGCUCUGCUCCAGCAAAAGUUACCAGAUCCUAUACAUCAUGAGAACGCGUGCACCAAAUGUCCGUACCUCACUCUCUGCUCGUUACAUUUAUGGCAUUGCGACGGCCCAUCCGUACCUGAAACACAUCCGCUAUCAAAACUACGCGACGUAUCCCUAGGUCACCUGUCACAAGAGCACAUUAAGUACUUCCAGCGUUGGACCGCAUUGCUGAAGAUAGAGGAGAAAUCUCAACAAUCCACUGCACCUUUACAUUCUCUGUGGACUGACAGUGCUGCGAAGAGGGCUAUGCGAGGCAGCUGCGCUCCGAAUCUAACAUUGAAGUCUGUAGUUGGAUCAGAUGACAGAUAUUUACAUAUUUUUGAAAAAAGCCAAGACAAUGCAGACAGCAAAGGUCCUCAAGAAGGAGAGUUUUCAAUAGUGAGUCGCGACAAACGCCCGUGGAUUGCCGCUGGUGUCGUAACUGUAGCUAAAGUGAACGAAAUACACAUACUGUUGGAGAGAGACCUAAGCCGUCGUCUGCCCAAAUCUACAAUGUUCCACAUAGACACAUACGAAUCCUACGCCACCGCCGUCCACAACCUCACUAACUUAGGAGUUCUCAUGGAGGACAGCGAUCGAGCUCUGAGAUUAAGAAAGUUGAUCAUAGACAAGGAAGAGCCGCAAUUCGACAAGAAACUGCCACGCGACGUCGGCCGCCUCGGCUCCAAGCUGAUGAGGAGCCUCAACAUCCAGCAGCAGAGAGCGGUGCUCAAAGCUUUGGCCGCUCAGGAUUAUGCACUUUUGCAAGGGUUGCCUGGCACCGGAAAAACCCAAACCAUAAGCGUGCUCAUACAGAUGCUCGUCGGUCUGAAGCUUCGUGUGCUGGUCACCGCUCAUACUCACUCAGCUGUCGAUAAUGUAUUAUGCAGGCUACCAGAGUCGAUGUCAGUGAUGCGAUUAGGUGCCGAAGGGCGAGUGGCCGACAACGUCGCUCGUCGCUGCGAACAACGACUCGCGGACCACUGCCGGACUACAACUGAAUUGGAAACGUUAUAUAACUCUAUGGAAGUGGUGGGUGUGACAUGUUUGGGGGCGGCGCACGCGCUGCUGACGCGAACGACAUUCGACGUCUGCAUCGUGGACGAAGCAACACAGGUUCUGCAGUGUACAGUGCUCCGGCCACUGUUUGCCGCGAAGCGAUUCGUGCUUGUGGGCGACCCCGAACAACUGCCGCCCGUCGUCAGGAGUCGAGCUGCUAGACGUCUAGGUAUGGAAGAAAGUUUGUUCCACCGUCUCAUGAGAGAAGAAGCGACCUCUACGCUACAACUACAAUAUAGAAUGAACCAAGCACUAGUAGACGUCGCUAAUAAAGUCGCGUAUAACUCACGUCUCAAAUGCGCAGAUGAGAAGAUCGCGCAAGCUAAACUGAACCUUGAUAUACAGAAAAUAUCAUGGAAAUCAGAAUGGCUGACACAAGCGUGCAGUGUAGAACCUAAAAUGGCGGUAGUGUUCCUCGAUGUGACAGCCACAGAGAGCAGUAAGAAGUGUACCAAUGAUACCGAGGCUUGUGUGGUGCUGGCUUUAGCCGAAGCGUUGAUACAGGGUGGCGUGAGCAGCUCAGACAUAGGCGUCAUAGCUCCGUACCGCGAGCAAGCGGCGCGGCUGCGGAGGGCGCUGGCGCGGGCGCGGGCGCGGCUGUCGGCGCCCGCCAGCACUGUGGACCAGUUCCAGGGCAGGGACAAGCCCGUUAUCCUCUACUCCUGCACCAGGACCGAUGUCACUGAUCACCACUCUAAACUUAGGGAGGGCGAAGUCUUAAACGACCAGCGUCGUUUAGCCGUCAGCGUGACUCGAGCCAAGCACAAGUUCAUCGUUAUCGGAAACUCAAAGGCCCUGAAGAGAUAUGCCCCACUACAAAGACUUAUAGAAGUCAGCGUACAAGUGCCUUUGAGUAAAGAAAUCGUUAGUGAAAUUGAGGGUAGAUACAAAAAAUUCGUCACGUAAUAUUCUUUUUUGAAAGGAUAAACUCCUAAAAACGUGUAGCUGCCCUUGUAAAAAGAUAUCGCUCUGUCCCGAUUUUCCUCAUGUAUUUUCAUACACUAUUCUCUUUCUUAUAUGAAACGUUGAUCAAAUGGUACUUCGCCUCAGAUGAUGUAUUGCCACAUGUAUUUCCAAAUGCUAAAUUGACUUUUUCAGCGGUUUCUAAAGUAAUCGCUUUUUAACAGCUUCGUCCAGCCUAAAUAAAAUUUUCCAAAAGUCUUUGAUGUAUGACGUCUUUGAAUUUACACUGUGAUAGUAUUUUCAAUUUUCUAAUUUAUUCAUAAAAUGAUUUGUCUGGUUGUUUUUUACGCUUCUAAAAACAUGGCUUGCAUUGAUUUGGUUCUUCUGUAUAAUCUAAUAUUCUUUGUAACUUUCAUAAUUUUGAACUAUGGUGAGAGCGGAAGGAGACAGGUGAUUAUUAAAAUUUUAUAUUUUAUUUUCUAUGUCUCCUUCUUCGCACAUGAAAUUAUUAGUGGAAAGCCAGCGCGUCCAUUCCAAACUAUAUUGUAUUAUACAAGCCUUUGUAAAAUAAAUAUUUAUUAACCGACUGCCCAGACAUAAGUGAAACGCGUGUAUUUUUUAAUUUGAUUAGUAUCAUCAUAAGUACCUAUUUAUUAACAUUAGCAUUAGAUUCAAUUUGUUUUUAUGUUGAUAACACCAAUCGUGAAAUUCGAAUAAGUAGGUAAGUACAAUAAAUGUUUUUUUACUACUAGUUUAAUACUUCUUGAUUAGGUAUUUUAAGUUGAAUGGAAGAAAUUAUGUGAUUUUAUUUUUUAGUUUGAAAUAGAAAUUGUUUUUUUUUUUCUAACGUUUACAUUUUAAAGAAGAGUAUAAUCGUGUUUGAUAUUAUAAUUUAUUUCGAAUAUUGUAAAAUUUUGAACGUAAUAAACUAAUGUA